GCCAAUCAGCGCGGCCCUACGUCGGCGUGCGUCUGGCGUCAGAGGCGGGGGGUGGGGCCGAGUUGGAAUUUUGGCGGGUCUUGCUGUAGGACCGGGAGGAGAGCGGAGAAGGCCGAGAUUCAACGUUACUGCCAUCUCCUGGGCACCUGAUUCUCCAUCGACGUUCUCUAUCACAACUGUGCUCUUGACAGCAUGGAUGGGGAGGAAGAUGAUUUGUCUCUGCUGACAGCAUUGCUGGAGGAGAAUGAGUUAGCCUUGGACUGUGAUUUAGAAGAGAGUCACCCCUUGGCCCAGGAAGAUGGCAAACCUGAUGCAUUCGAUGAGCUCUUUGAUGCAGAUGACGAUGGUGAAUCUUACUCGGAGGAGGCUGCUGAUGGAGAACUGGGAGAGGCUGAGGACCAGAAGGAAAAUCUGGCCACGCUCUUUGGAGAUGUGGGGGACUUAACAGAUGAAGAAGAAGUUCCCACACGGCACUCACCUGAAAACAGAGUCCCCGCUCCUCCUCCUCCUCCUCCCAGUCAAGGGAAAACUAAUCAAGAGUUACAAGAUGAAUUAAAGAAGUUGCAAGAGCAGAUGAAAUCCUUACAAGAACAGCUAAAAAUCGCAACAAUUACACAGCCUGCAAGUUCAGCCCUUCUGCCUAUAUCUCCUGCUAAGUCUCCACGUCCCCCUCUCAAGGAGAAGAAAGUUCAGAGAAUUCAGGAGUCGACGUGCUUUUCUGCGGAGCUUGAUGUCCCUGCUCCACCGAAAACCAAGCGGGUGGCUCGGACACCAAAGGUUUCACCCACAGAGCCCAAAAGCUCAUCUUCAGGGACAACAAGUACACUCUCCCAACCACUCCAAACUACUUCUGGAAAUAAACCGAGUGGGUUGACCAGAGAUCAGAGCGCAGUGACCCCCAGGAGUUCUGGAGAGCCAGCUCAGACGGUGGUCUCUGUGGAAGCCUUCUCGGGCCUGAGGCUCAGGCGGCCUCGGGUGUCCUCCACAGAGAUGACCAAGAAAAUGGUUGGCCGGAAACUGAUCAGGCUUUCUCAGCUCAAGGAAAAGAUGGCAAGUGAGAAGCUGGAAGAAAUCGACUGGGUGACUUUUGGGGUUAUACUGAAGAAAAUCACUCCACAGAGUUGUAACAGUGGGAAAACAUUUAGUAUCUGGCGACUGAAUGAUCUCCGUGACCUGACGCGGUACGUGUCGUUGUUCUUGUUUGGAGAAGUUCACAAACAACUCUGGAAGACUGACCAGGGGACUGUCAUAGGCUUGCUCAACGCUAACCCCAUGAAGCCCAGGGAUAGUUCUGAGGAGGUGUCUUUGUCUGUUGAUCAUCCUCAGAAGAUCUUAAUCAUGGGUGAAGCUCUUGACCUGGGAACCUGUAAAGCAAAGAAGAAGAAUGGACAGCCGUGUACACAGACUGUUAAUUUGAAGGACUGUGAGUACUGCCAGUACCACAUCCAGACCCAGUACAAGAGGCUGAGCGCCAGGCGAGCCGACCUGCAGUCCACCUUCUCCGGGGGACGAAUUCCAAAGAAGUUUGCCCGCAAAGGCGCCGGCCUGAGAGAACGGCUGUGUCAGGAUGGUUUUUACUACGGAGGGGUUUCUUCUGAGUCGUACGCAGCCUCCAUUGCAGCCGCUGUUGCUCCUAAAAAGAAGAUACAGACGACUCUGACUAAUAUGGUCGUCAAGGGGACAGACUUGAUCAUUCAGGAAACCCGACAAAAGCUUGGAAUACCCCAGAAGAGCUUGUCUUGCUCUGAGGAAUUCAGGGAACUGAUGGAAUUGCCUACAUUUGGAGCCAGAAACCUGAAACAACAUUUAGCCAAAGCCAGGUCAUCAGGGCUGACGGGGAGCCUGAAGCCCGCGUUCCAGUCCGUCUCGGCGUCAGCCCUGUUGAAGCAGCAGAAGCAGCACAUGCUGGAGCUGAGGAAGAAGCGAUCAGAAGAAAUACAGAAACGAUUUCUCCAAAGCUCAGGUGAGGUCGCCAGCCCGGCUGUGCCACCCUCUUCUCAAGGGGCCCCUUCUCGGUCUCCGCCAACGGGGGCUGAGUUCCCCAGCCUGGAAGGAACGCCAGCCACACCGAUCCCCAAGCUUGGCCGAGGCAUCUCGGAAGGAGAUGAUGUUCUCUUUUUUGAUGAGUCACCGCCACCAAGACCAAAACUGAGUGCUUUAGCAGAAGCCAAAAAGUUAGCUGCUAUAACCAAAUUAAGGGCAAAAGGUCAGAUUCUUACAAAAACAGACCCAAACAGCAUUAAAAAGAAGCAGAGGGACCCCCAGGAUGUCCUGGAAGUGAAGGAACGUGUAGAAAAGAACAACACGUUUUCUCCUCAAGCUGAAGAUGAAAUGGAACCAGCCAGGAAAAAAAGAAGAGAACAGCUUGCCUACCUGGAAUCUGAGGAAUUUCAGAAAAUCCUAAAAGCCAAAUCAAAGCACACAGAGCUUCUUAGAGAGGCGGAGGCUGAGCUGCAGGAACGCUAUUUUGAGCCACUGGUGAAAAAAGAGCAAAUGGAAGAAAAGAUGAGAAGCAUCAGAGAAGUGAAAUGUCGAGUAGUAACAUGCAAGACGUGUGCCUACACCCACUUCAAGCCUUUGGAGACCUGCGUCAGUGAGCAGCACGACUACCACUGGCAUGACGGCAUUAAGAGGUUUUUCAAGUGUCCCUGUGGAAACCGAAGCAUCUCCCUUGACCGGCUCCCCAAAAAGCACUGCAGUAAUUGUGGCCUUUUCAAGUGGGAACGAGAUGGAAUGCUCAAGGAAAAAUCAGGCCCAAAGAUAGGGGGCGAAACCCUGUUGCCAAGAGGAGAAGAACAUGCCAAAUUUCUGAAUAGCCUUAAAUAGCCCUAACUUCAAACAGGUACCCAUGACCUAUGUUGCUUCUUGGGGCUCUGGAAGGACAAGGGUGUCGGCUCUGUAUUGCUUGUGACUGACCGGCCCAGUCUAAACACUAGUUACACCUA